AUGUGGAAGCCAAAAUUCUUGACACUCACUCAGAGCGAAUUGUUAUUCUAUGAAGCAGUCCCACAAAUGAAAACCGAGUGGGCCGAGCCGCGCAUAACUCGACCGUUGGUUGCCACAAGGGUUGUACAAACGACGUCACGAACAGCCCCAGUUAUGAAAGGACUAUCAGACGUCAUAUCGCUUCGGAUACGAACGGGCACCCAGAAUGGAGUGCGAACGCAUACAUUACGGGUAGAAACCCAUGCUGAUCUUGCUCAGUGGGUACGAGCGAUCGUACUAGGAACCUACGAGGCCUGUUCAGAAACAUCGCAGGUGACAUCGCCUUGUAUUUGCCGAGGAGAGAACUGCGAGCUAGUAGUGAACUUGGACACAGGAAUUUCCUUAUCAGGACCGAAUCGAGAGAUAAUAUGGCAGCACCCGUUCGAAUCUAUUCGAGCGACAGGUGACGACGGUGGUAGAUUCCUAUGGAUAGACUUCGGCCCUCCAAGCGGCGAACAGAAUAUUUGCGAACUAGUUACCAAAGGAACUGGACCUAAUUACAUCAGCAAAACCGAUAGUCUUCAUUCUGCACUCUUUUUUGGCGACAAAAGUCUACCGGUUAGGCCUCUACGCUUGACGAGUGAUACGAAAGAUUUGUGGCAAAAUGGACCAAAUAAGCUACGAAUUGUUUCUCUACGGUUACGCGAGCACAUGACGCCAACCGACGGUCGCGGUAAGGCCAUCUUAAAGAGGAAUCGUCGAAUCAUCCCAAUGCAGGCGCUCCGCUUAGAUAUUCCCAGAAGCAGUAUUACUCAGAAUCGCUAG